CGCCAUUUUGUGGUCGUGUGUAUGCAGCGACCAGCGAGCUGAGAACUGGUAUGUGGAGAGGCCGCUAUCUUCUAAAGAAGACGGGAUACAGUAAAUGACGCAUCUGGAUACAGUAAAUUGCUCUGGGACCAUUUGGACAGCUUUGUUGAAUGGUUAAUUAUAGCAAAAUACUGAGAUUUUUUUUUUGAGCUUUGAAUCAUAUGAUAUAAAGAUGGAAACUGUUGUCAUUACAACCAAAAAAAGAAAGGUUGAUGCUGAAUGUCGGGCCUUCAAACCUUCUUGGACAAAUGAUUUUUUUGUAGUUGCAGAUAAAGGAGUAGUUUUGUGUCUGAUAUGUAAUGAGACAUUAGCUGUUUUCAAGGAAUAUAAUAUAAAAAGACAUUAUUCUACAAAACACUCAAGCACAUUUGACAGUCUCACGGGUCAGGAUAGAAUUGAUCGAGUGAAUUUGCUGAAACAAAGUGUUGGAAAAUUAAUAAAAAGUCCAGUAAAAGCUGAGAAAGAUGACUCUGAUUCACCAACUAAGAUCAGUUUUUUGAUUGCCGAAGCAAUAGCAAAGAGCGGCAAACUGUUUUCCGAUGGGGAAUUUGUGAAAGAAUGCUUGGGAAUAUUUGCAUCUGUGGCCUGCCCUGAAAAAAGAUCAAUGGUUGAGAAAAUCAGCCUUUCACACCAGACUAUUGCUAGAAGAGUAGAUGACUUAUCAUGUAACAUACAAACCUCUCUAGUCAAUAGACUCCAUGAGUGUGAAUUUUACAGUUUAGCUCUAGAUGAAAGUACAGAUGUAAGUGAUACAGCUCGUCUGGUGAUCUUUGUAAGAGGAGUCAGCAAAGCGUUUGAAAUUGUUGAGGAAAUGCUUGAUAUUUGUCCAUUGAAAAGCAUGAGGACAGGACAAGACAUUUUUGAAGACAUAAAAGGUGUCUUGGGAAAAUUUAAACUUCCAGAGGACAAACUUAGUGGUAUAGUAACUGAUGGGUCAUAUGAAAUGACUUGUGAUUUCAAUGGAUUUGUGAAUUUAAUGUUUGAAUCAUUGCCUAAUGAAAUCCUUGUACAUCAUUGUAUCAUUCACCAGGAGCAACUUUGUACAAAUACCCUUGAGAUGAAAAACAUGAUGGAAAAAGUUGUCUCUACUGUCAAAUUCAUAAGGUCCAAGGGGCAACAUCACCCACCAUUCCAGUCUUUUCUUACUGAAAUAGGAUCAGAUCAUGAUGAUGUGAUUUACUUCAGCCAAGUUCCCUGGCUCAGUAGACCAGACACACUAGUCAAAUUCUGGUCACUGCUUGGCGAAAUAAAAUCCUUCAUGGCCAACAAAGGAAAAGAUGUAAGCUUUAUCGAUGACCUUGAAUGGUUGAACGACUUGGCAUUCUUUGUUGAUAUGACCAAAUAUCUUGCAGAAUUGAACAUGAAAUUACAAGAACAAGACCAGCUUGUUAAUAAACUGUAUGAACAUGUUCAAGCUUUUAUUCAAAAGUUAGAACUAAUACAAAAACAAUUGGUUAUGAAGAAAGUCGUCUAUUUUCCAACGCUAUCUACAAGGCGUGCUGAGACUGUGAAUUAUGAAAGGUAUUUUGUACUGAUCGGCUACCUGAAGGAUGAAUUUCAGCACAGAUUUGCAAAUAUUAUAACACACUCCGAGGAUCUUUCAGUGUUUUCCGAUCCAUUUGCAACUGAUGCCUUUACUGCUCAUGAUAAGUUUCAACUUGAACUAAUUGGGAUCCAAAAUGACAGUAACUUAAAGAGGGCUUUUGUAGAGCAUGACCUUCUAACAUUUUAUAGCAAAUAUAUUUCUCCAGAAAUGUAUCCAAACUUAUCACGUCAUGCCCUACGAUUUAUAUCCUUGUUUGGCAGUACAUAUUGCUGCAAAAAGCUCUAUUCAAGAAUAAAAAAUCUCAAAACAAAAUCACUCCUGACAGGUCGACAUCUAUCUGCAAUAAUCCGUAUAUCUACAUCAAGUGUGCAAGCAGACAUUGACAGCUUGUGUGAGCAUAGCCGAUGCCAGAUAUCUCACUAAUUUUUUUUAUUAGUUUAUUAAUGUUAUGCAUGUAAAAUGUAUUUACAAAAUCAAAUAUUGAGUGCAUAUAUGUUUAGUACAAAUGCUUUUCUUUAUUAUUGUACAUUUAUUUUAUAUUGAAUCCAUUGACCAAAAAAACAUUUUUUGCAAUAAAUUUUUUUUUAGUUAUGUUCA